UUUAUGUGUAUUGAACACAGGUCUAUAUCGUCUACAGAGUAAAUAUAUAUAUAUAGUUAGAGACAUUUAUAAUUACAGGUCAUGAGUCGGUGUGAAUUAGACGAGUUUUCAGUAAGAGCAUUAUCACUUUGGAAUAGAAACACUUGUACAAUGUGUAUGAGGUAGUCAAACGAGAGAGUGCGGUGUCGAGUUCUGUGAGAUUUUGGGGACUUCGUUAUAAACAAUGACAGGAUGACCCUGUCCUUGGAUGAUAACGAUGUCGUGAUAUUAAAACAGGGCUGGAUAUAUCGACAAAAGACCUUUUUUCGGAAAUGGAAGAAGAGUUGGUUAGUGAUAUGCCUGGGAGGAAGUCUGAAAUACUACAAAGGAAAGCAAACACCGCGGCCACAGAAAACGUUUAACAUCAAAAAUGAUUGCAUGACCAUUCGUACAGGUAAAAAGUGUCGACAUCUCUUGCCUCCUAAUAACGUAGACACAGAGUUUCUGAUAGAGAUCAUCCUCACAGGAGAGAGGUCUUUGAAAUUCUGUGCACAUGACCAGGACAGUUUCAAAAUGUGGCUGCAUGCUCUUCAGCGUGCCCAGUCCGACCGCGCACUGCCAACACCUAGAUACGAACGACGCAACCUACGACCCGAGGAAAUAGACGAGUUCGAAGAAAGAGGUUGCUGGUAUGCUUGCUUCAGGAAAAACAAAGUGGAAACAUUAUAACACAGAACGUCAUCUCUUUAGUUUGUUACGUCAUAUAUUAUUUAUUACGUCGCAGGUGUUCAACUUUAACAAUUCAAAUAUGGUGUAUUACUAUAAAUUUCUGGUAGGGAUGGAUUUGUCAAAGCGAGGAAUUUUCAGGUUCUUGAAUGUACCUUUCUGCCAAUGAAAUUUAGCAUUGAUAUUAGGGUUAGGUUAUUCAAAGGUUUGUUAGGUAAAUAAGUCGUUAAAAAGAGAAGUUCGUUUUUGCUGUUGUUGUUGUUUUUAAAUGUGAUUUUUUUUUUUUUUUUUUUUGGCAUGUGGAUAAUUCUUUUAGGGGCCUCUAAAUUUAGUUUUAGCUCUAAAUUAAGUAUUUUGAUAAUAUACACCUGCAUAGGCUUGACGCUAAACUAAUCAUGCUUUGAAUUACUUGUCCCAUGCGCAGACUUUUAAACAUGUAAGCACUCAAGAGGUCACGAAAUACCUUAACACUUAUUUGUUGUUAUAUUUUAAAGAAAACAAAUCUGUAUACACGUGCCUUGUGUUGCUAGGUAAUACAUGAUGUGCACACCCCCUACAAAAAGAUUCGUUUUAUACCAUGGACUAUCCAAGCUGCAUGUACGAGGAAUUCGUUUUCAUUGCAUGUGCUUUUACUUUUUUGUAAAUGAAUUAGUGAUAUCAUUAAUUGUUCUCAGUACCUUUACUUCAUUCAAUGUAUUUCUAAUAUUUUCAAAAGUUGACAUAUAUUUUGGAAUAAUGUCUAUUUUGACAGUAAAUUAGCAUAAGAUAAACAUUUAGAUUGACGUGUUAACAGUAUUAGGAUGUUGUUACACGUGACCUAAGCCUGCUUUGCAUGCAAUCAUAUAGAAGUUAUACCCCUUUGGUAAAGAAAGAGUCUAUGUUAUAAAUAACAUUUAAACCAAAAAUAAAUAUAAAAAUCGUCUACGGUGUAAAUAUAAUAUAUUUAGUGAUGGGGAAGCUAAUAUCAAAUAUUGUAUAGCACAAUAUGGGCACGGAUUUUUCAACCCUGGUUAGCUUAAUGCCAAUUUUUACAAAACAUUUUAAAUAUUUAAAUGUGUUAGUGACUCGUUAAGCUAAACAGGCAUUGAUUUAACCGUGACAUACAUGUAAUUUCAAGUAGAUGAUAAUAGUACAAUAUCGACAUUGACCUUUUAAAAGGGUCAUCAACACUUUAUUUUAAGAUUGAUUGAACAUGAUAGAUUCACUUAGUAUGGUUGUUGUCAAGUCAGAGGAUUAGAAGGACAUGUAAUAUAUACCCAUGCACUUCAGAUUUUUAUUUCAAUUAAGUGCAAUUAACAGUUCUAUUUCUAUAUUUUUUAUUUACCACAUAUAGGAUUGUCGAUAAUCCGGAAAAAUCUUGGUUUGAGAAUUAGUCGAUGGAGACUGCAUCCGUUAUAUAAUUUUUUAGUCCGGAACACAAUCGGGAACCGUCGGCACUUUCCUUAAACGAGAACUCUCGUUUACGGAAAGUGC